GUAAUAGUAACUGGGAAGAGCUGCGUGGACACGCGUUCCGGCACUGGAGACUUUUGGAGGGUGAUAACUGCCCUACCAUAGAGAGUACUGUGGGGAUAAUCCUUGUGGGCUGUGAAACUCCUGGAAAAUUAAGCGGGAGACAGAGGCGGGCGAUUAGAAGUCACCGCAUAGAAUUGCUGUAGUGAAACCUGCAGGACAAUCUGAAGAUGUCCCAGUAAUUGCUCAGCUGUGAGUGAAACACGCUCUUCACCGCUGGAAUUUUUAUUUGUGGACAUAGCAUUUCCAGGUGAAGAGUAAUUUUUAAGAAAUUCUUUCUUACGCUAUUGAAGUUAGACACUUGCUAAGGAUAAAAUGGAUAUAAAAGAUCGAAGACACAGAUCUCUGACAAGAGGACGUUGUGGAAAAGAAUGUCGAUAUACCAGCUCCUCAUUGGAUGGCGAGGACUGCAGAGUACCUACUCAGAAGUCCUACAGCUCCAGUGAAACAUUAAAGGCUUAUGAUCAUGAAAACAGAAUGCAUUAUGGGAAUCGUGUUUCUGACCUAGUUCACAGAGAGUCUGAUGAAUUUCCAAGACAAGGAACCAACUUUAGCCUGGCUGAACUAGGAAUCUGCGAGCCUUCCCCUCAUCGAAGUGGAUUCUGCUCGGAUAUAGGUAUACUUCAUCAGGGUUAUUCCCUGAGUGCAGGGUCUGACGUUGACUCUGAUACUGAAGGAGGAAUGUCGCCAGAGCAUGCUAUACGGCUGUGGGGUAGAGGUCUGAAAUCCAGGCGUAGCUCUGGUCUCUCAAGUCGCGAAAACUCAGCCCUGACACUGACUGACUCGGAUAAUGAAAAUAAAUCAGAGAAUGAGAACGGUAGGCCUAUUUUCUCUCUUCAGAUGUAUCGCAAAUUAAAAGAUUAA